AUGGAGAAUAUUUCUUUUAACUCAUACACCGCAAAAUCCCCUCAGAAUAGUCCGUCUUUUAAUAACAUUCAUGAUAAAGGUGUUUUAAAAGAUGAUAAUUUAAAUGAAAUUUAUGAUAUAAGCACUAAAUUAAAAUCUUAUUAUGAAUCGUUUAGUCAUGAAAAUAAUGAAAUAUUAAAUUUUAAAUUAAAAAUAAAAAAUGAUUUAAAUAUUUUAAAUUGCUACAAUCAGAAGAAUAUAAAUACAAGUAACAUAGAUGAUAGAGUAAGCAGUUUUGAAUCCAAUAUAAAAAAUAGGGUAAAAAUAAAUGUAAAUUUUGAAGAAAUAGGAAUAAAUAAUAGUGAAUGUGGACUUAUUACAAGUAGAUAUGGAUAUCAAAAUAAUAUAAAUGAUAACUCUGAUAUUUUAUUAAAUAAACAUAUAGAUAAGAGCUUAAAUGUUCAAGCAUUCAAUGCAAGAUUUAGUGAACAUAGCAUAAAAAAGAAAAAUGCCAAUAUAUGUGAUAUUUUUAAAUAUAAAAAUUAUUAUAAUAAAUAUAAUAGUGUUUGUAAUGAUUUAAAAGAUACCAAUAAAUUUUUUAAGACAAGUGAGAUAAAAUUAAAUGAUAUACAUUUUUAUCAUUUCAAUAAAAUUGAAGAUGAAGUUAGAGCAAAUAUUACCAUUGCAAAUAAUAGUUAUAGUAGUAUUAAUUGUAAAAAUAAUAAUGUGAGUAAUAUUUAUAAUACUACUACUACUACUACUAAUAAUAGUAAUCAAGUAAAUGAUAUAGAUAACACGAAAUAUCAAAAUAAUGGUAAUAAAUUUACAAAUAAAGAAUAUAUCCACGAAGAAAAAAAUAAGGAAGAACAAAAUAAUGGUGCAGUAAAUGUGUGUUAUCAGUUUGAUAAUAAGAACAGUGAGAAUAUUCAUCAUAGUGAUAGUGUUAAUGAAUUAUGUGAAAAUAUAAAAAAAAUAAGUAAUUUAAAUGAAAGUAAUGAAGAAUGUAAAAACAUUAAUAACAAUGAGAAUGUAAAAUUAUAUGAACAAAACAAUGAAUCUUAUGAAUGUACUACAGUUAAUGGAUUAAAUGAAAAUAAGAAUUAUUUGAUAAAACAACAUAAUAAUAGUAAAACGGAUGAUGAUAGUAAUAAUAUUUAUAAGGUAAAUAUUAUUACUGAGGAAGAAAAAAAAAUAGAAGAAAGUUAUCAAAAUAUAAAUGAAAAUAAUAUAAGUGCAUUAAAAAAGAGAAAAAAAAAAAAAAAAAUACAAAAUUUAAAAAAUAUUAAAAAAAAUAAGUUACCUAAUAGAAUGAAGCAAAAACGUAAUUUCAAUGCACCAUAUUCAAAUAUUAGAAAUUAUAAUUUUAAUUUUGGUAUUAGAAAAAACAAUAUAGAAAUUUACAAUGGUUAUAUUAAAAGGAAUGCGCUGUAUAAAUUAAAUAGAAAUUUGGCGUCCUAUAAAAGUAAAUUUUCAAAUUGUAUAAAUACAUUUAAAGUUUUCAGAAAUAAUAACAGUAAACUAAAUAGAACUUCAAUUAAUAAGAAAAAAAAAAAGAAGAAAAUUAAAAAGAAAAAAUUAAAUAUUGGAAAAGAAGAAAAAUUAAGUUGUUCAAAUAGUAUAUUUCUUGAUAAUCAAAAAGUGAAUUUUCAGAAUAUGGACUAUAAUUCUAAUUCCUUAAGGAGAGGAAAUAAUUUUAACUUAAAUAGUUACAGUUCAAGUAAAUUAGAUAAAAAUUAUACGUAUAAUAAUAAUUUAGGUAAUAGAAUUAGAAGGAAUAUAAAUGAUGAUGAAUUAUGUUAUAACACUGAUGACAAUUGUAUAUUUAGAAAUAUGAGAAGAAAAAAGAAAAAAAAAAUUACAUAUUUUUGUAGUAAUAAUUAUUUUUGUAAAUAUUUAAGCGAUGACGAUUUAACAUAUGAAAAUUAUUGUAACUACUUUUUAUCAAAUGAAAGUGUGGAAAAAAUGAAUGUCUCAAGCUAUUUACAUUACUUUAAAAUAUUAAAUAAAAAGAAAUUUAAGAAAAGAAUUAAUAGUUCUAUACAAAAAUUGGAUUUUAAUUAUGAUGCUUUUAUAAAUUCCAUUUGUAAUACAAAUAAUAUAAAAAAAAAAAUUAAGUUAAAUGAGAAUAAUGAAUUAUCAAAUGAGGAAGAUAUUAAUGAAAAAAUUUUCCACCAUGAUUUGAAACAUAACAAUGAUUCCUUAAAUGAUAGAUGCACUUUAACGACAUGCUAUGACAAAAUUUUAAAAAAUAAACAAAUUAAGACAAAAUAUAUUGAUUGCUAUAGAAAAGUUCUUUUAAUUUGUAGGAAGAUCCUUAGACAACAAAAUGAGCGUAUCAUUAUAGAAGAUAACAUUUGUGAUUUUAAUAAUGAGAAAUUCUCUGAAAGUAAUGAUAAUAAUAACAGUGAUAAUAAUAGUAAUGAUAUUAAUAAUAACAAUAAUUAUAAUAAUAAUAACAGCAAUGAUAAUAUUAUUAAUAAUGAUAUCAAUAACAAUAAUUUCAAUAUUAAUGAUAAUAAUAACAAUGAUAAUAAUAAAGACAAUUUUAAUAUUAAUGAUUAUAUUAAUAAUGAUAAUAAUAACAGUAAUUUUAAUAUUGAUGAUUAUAUUAAUAAUGAUAUUAAUAACAGUAAUUUUAAUAUUAAUAAUAAUAAUAGCAAUGGUAAUAAUAACGAUAAUUUUAAUAUUAAUGAUUAUAUUAAUAAUGAUAAUAAUACCAAUAAUAAUAAUGUUAAUAUUAGUAAUAUUAAUAAUUCUCAUUUAAUAGAUAAAGAAGCAAGUGGCUUGAAGAAGCAUUCAUUGGAUAUAUUUAAUAAAGAAAAAAAUGAAUAUGAUGAGAGAAUUUAUGAUGGUGUAAUAAAGGAAAAAGUGGAAUACGAGGAAAAAAUUGAAGUAUGUGAUUAUGAAAAAAAAUGUAAUAGAAGUAGUUUAAAUGGAAAUUUUCAAUGCAGUGAAGAGUAUAAUGAAGAUAAAGAUAAAAAUGAAUUUAACGAGAUAGAAAGUAACACUAAUGAACAUAACAUUGAAGAUAAUAAUGAAAAACCUGAACAAAUACAAGAGAAUGAUGAAUUAAAUAAUUUUAAUGAUAAUAAGGAUGAGAUAACUGAAUGCAAUUAUGAUGAAGACAUAAAUAACUUUUACGUUAAGGAUGAAGUUAAAGAAUGGAAUGGAAAUGACACUGAUGAAAUAAAUGAAUUAGAGAUUAAAGAAUUAGAAAGUAUUGAUGACGAAAAUAAUGAGUUGGAUGAAGAAGAUAUUAAAGGUGAAACCUCAAGUGAAAAUAAUGAAAGUACUCUAAGAUUACCAUCAAAUGAUGUUGAUGCUGUGAAAAGUAUGAAUGAAAAUAUUAUAAAUAAUUCCAAUUUUACAUGUUUGACCAAUGAAAAUAGUAUAAAAGCAGAAGCAAAAGUCAAAAUUAAAAAUAAAAAUAUACAAAAAAAUGAAGUAAAGGAUAAAGGAAGAAAAAGAAAAAAAAAUAAUUCAAUUAAAAAAAACGAUGAAAUUGUAAAAGUUUAUGGGGAUAUAAUUAAAGAAAAUACAACUAAUUUCUUGUACAAAAAUUUUGUUAUUCCUAAAAAGUCACAUAAUUAUACUUAUUUAAAUUAUAAAGAAAUAAAGGAAUAUUUAAAAAAUUUAACAGUUUUAAAAAGUGGAGUAAAUUGGAAGACUUAUAAAAUAGAGGAUUUACCUAGUGAACUUUAUAAGAAUAUCCGACCAAUAAAUCAAAGAGUAACUGGUUUUAAAACAGUUUUGUUAGUUGAUGAAUUAUUUGAAAAAUUAUGGGAAUUUCCUUUAACUGACAUGAUAAAAAUUAGGACAGUUACAAGAGGAGAUCAAUUUAUAGGAGAUAUAAGAAUAGAUUUUUAUUAUAGACAAAGUGAAAGAACAUUAUGCCGUGCAUGUGGAAGACAUAUUUUGAAACAAAAAUUUGCAACAGAACAUUACCAAAGAAAUAUAAAUUGUUGGAAAGAAGUAAUGUGGAGAUUAGGAAUUCCAGAGUUACAUUAUUAUAAUUCCGUUAGAAAUGAUUUUUUUGAUCCACGUAUUGCAAGCAUAGAUAAUAACAAUGAACAAUUAUUAUUAGAUAGGGCAUUGAUAUUAUAUAAUCAGGAAUUAAUUAAAAAAGCGACUGAUUUUGUUAAUGAAGAAUUAAAAUAUUAUGAAGAUAAUGCUAUAAACAAAGAAUCAAAAAAAAGCAAAGGAAACAGUUGUUUAGAAUUAGAUAUAUUAGUUCUUGAUGAUAAUAAUAUUUUACUUCCUACAAUGAAAAGUGAAUUAGAUGAACCCUAUUUUGAGAUAUCUGCUAUAUACCCAAGCAAUGGUUUUGCUGACGAAAAUUAUUCUAAAAAUUUUUGUUUUAUAAAAAUAACAUUUAACAAAUUGGGUGGAAUGGUUUUAAGAGAUUUGUUUACACUUGAAUGUGAAUUCUUAGUGGAUUGGGGAGAUAAUUUGCUAAUUCAAGCAAAGAAAUAUACUCUUCAUGAGAUUUAUAAUAAUUCCGAUUCUUAUGAUGUGAACUUAAGAAAUUUGUAUGAUCAGGGAUUUGCAUAUUUGAGAUGUAAUGUACCCCAAAAAAGUUAUGGAAAGGUUAAUUUAAAAGUUAGGAUUCCUAAAACAGUUUGGCAUUAUUGGGAAGCAAUAGCUGAUGAGACAUCAAAAGUUAGUUAUGAAUUUCUAGAUAAGAAUAACAUGCAUAGGCAUUUAUUGUUUUGUUCAUAUUUAGAUAAUAUUAAUAAAAAUUUUACGACAUAUAUUAAGAAUUCUUAUAAAAAUAAUUAUGCUUUUGAUUUUAUUAAUAACCAAUCUAAUUAUACAAAAUCAGAAGAAGAUUACUCACAAGGAAAUGUUCUUGAUAAAAAGACGAAAUCUAAUGUAUCCGAAUCAUUAAAUAAUAAAAUUAUACCUUAUAAUUUUAGCUCACCAAAAGCAGAAAUUAACGAUUUAAAUAAUUUAAACACUCGAAUGUUAUAUAACCAAAAUAAUACAUACAAUAAUAUAGAUUAUCCUCUUAUUAAUAAUAUCCCAUAUCAAAAUUAUCAAAAUUUUAAUAUUAAUAAUGUACAUAAUGAUUCAGAUACUAAUUAUUCAAAGAACUUUGAUCAAUUUAAUACGCAUCUUGAAUCAAAUUUUUAA